AUGACAAGAAGAGUAUUACAAAGAAAUAAGGGGAAGUUGAUCACCUCGACCCUGUUAAUGACAAUAAUGUUAACAACGGGUAUUUUUACGUUGCUAAUGUUUAAGAAUUGGCUCCAUAACCAGCAGCAGCGAUUGAAAGAACAGCAUUUUGCCAAAGAGCAGAUUAAGCGGCGUUUUAAUCAGACUCAGAAAGAUGCUGUACAUACUGUUCAUCGUUUGGUUCCAGUUUUGGCUGCGGUGUUAAGCCGUGACGCAGACCUUGACGCGAUUGUUCAUACGUUAAAGGAGCAGAAGUCUAAAAAGAAGAUAGCUGAAAAUCAACUGGAAGGUUCAUCGGGAUCUAUUUCGCAAGAUUCCAUGUCGGGAGACUCCCAACAGGUUCCUAGUAAGGCUGAAUUGUGGCAGCAGCUGAAACAGGAAAGUCUGGUGCAUUUAAUGGUGAUUGUAUACACUAUGUGCAUGUUACUGCUCUUGACUCGCCUAAAAUUGAAUAUUCUUGCACGGAGGCAGUACCUUGGCAGUGCUAUUAAACUAGCAGUAGAGAACGAGUCCGAGCGUUCGCAAACGAUGAACCGCUGGGCUUCGAAUGCUUGGUCGUAUGCUGUGGGGCUUAUUACCGGGAAGCAAUCCUCUCCAGAUUCGAAAGUCAAUUUAGAGACAGAUAAUUCAAAGCAAUCGUCACCUACAGAGGACCGCGCCGCAGUUGUUGCUUGCAUUAACGAAGAGGCCUUCCUAUCGCUGUCCUGGUGGCUCCUCAACCGCGGUUGGCCGUUGGCCCAGCCACUCAUUGAGAAGCACGUCCGUUUGCAGUUUGGCCACCUAUCUCCACGUGAUCGCCUAAGCAUUACUGAUUUUGAAACUCUUCUAUCCCACGCUAUUCACGAUAUAAACGCAGAGUUGUUGGCCCCCGGUCCCCAAUCGCCUCUUCUCCAGUGCUUCCUACCUGACUCACCUGCUGCUCAGCGUCUUGUCUUAGAGGAAGCUCUCGACGACCGAACUGCGUUACGAAUUCUGUUUGAGGACGACUCUGUUCUCCGCCAGCUUCUUCGUGAGACCACUGCAUGCUUGCAGUCAACCGCAACUCUUAUUGUACUCGAGAGUCUUGUGAAUGAGUCCUUCCACUACAUCAUGCAGCAAACAGAGCAGAAAGUUUCUAAAAACGCUCGCAAAGGCCCACAAAAUGGUCCUCCAGAAGCAUACCCUGUUGCGCUCUACGCGAUAAGCGUAAAGGAAGUCUGCAGCGACGUGCUUCGGCAUAAUGCAACAGAUGACUACAAUAAUGAGUUCCUACAACGCCUAGACGCUGUACCCGAGCUAGACGACCUCAGCGCAAGCGUUUAUAGUAAUUUUGGAUUCUAA